CAUUAUCCGGGUAACUCUGUCAAGGGGAAGAGAGAAUAGAAAACGGGACACUUUCUGACAGAUUUGCUUCUGCUCGGACGGAGGGACGCGUAAUAUAUUACAUACAGUUGACGGGAAAAUAAUGCUGCUUCGUAAAGUGGGCCAGUCUUCUGCACUUUGCGGUGCCAUUCUCCGCAUCACUCCCGGACAGAUUGGGGCUCAACGCCCAGCUGUGGUGGCUGUGAGCAACACGCGCCUCUAUGCUAGUCAAGCUACACAGGCGGUGUUGGAGAAGCCGGCGGCAGUCGGCACUGACGCUGCCACUGGGGUGGAGAAGAAGACUGCUGCAGCUGAGUCCAAAUCUUUUGCUGUCAACAUUUUCAAGGGCCAGAUUGCCACAUCGCAAGUGUUUCCAUACCCUUCCGUCUUGAAUGAAGAGCAGGAGCAGUUCCUCCGAGAGCUUGUGCCACCCGUGGGCAGGUUCUUUGAGGAGGUGAACGAUCCGGCCAAGAAUGAUGCGCUGGAGAAAGUUGAGGACCAUACAAUGGAGGGCCUGAAAGAGAUGGGCGCCUUUGGCCUACAGGUGCCGGCCGACCUGGGUGGCCUGGGCCUCACCAACACGCAGUAUGCCCGACUGGUGGAGAUCGUCGGCACUCACGAUCUCGGGGUUGGCAUCACGCUCGGUGCCCACCAGUCUAUCGGCUUCAAGGGCAUUCUGCUUUUUGGGAAUCCGGCACAAAAAGAGAAAUACCUGCCUCAACUUGCAUCGGGUGAGCACAUUGCUGCCUUUUGCCUCACUGAACCAGCCAGCGGUUCUGACGCUGCCUCCAUCAAAACCACCGCUGUACAGUCGCCCUGCGGGCAGUACUUCACUCUCAGUGGAAGCAAAAUCUGGAUCAGUAAUGGUGGUCUGGCUGAGAUCUUCACUGUGUUUGCCAAGACACCAAUGAAGGAUCCCAAGACUGGAGAGAUGAAGGACAAGAUCACAGCUUUUGUUGUGGAGAAGAGCUUUGGGGGAGUGACACACGGGCCACCAGAGAAAAAGAUGGGCAUCAAAGCCUCCAACACGGCCGAAGUUUACUUCGAUAACGUCCGCGUGCCAGCCGACUGCGUGCUGGGUGAGGUGGGAGGCGGCUUCAAGGUGGCCAUGAACAUCCUCAACAACGGCCGCUUCGGCAUGGCGGCCGCCCUCUCCGGCACCAUGAAAGGAGCCAUCGCCAAAGCGGUGGACCACGCGACCAACAGGACCCAGUUCGGCAGCAAGAUCCACACCUACGGGGCCAUCCAGGAGAAGGUGGCCCGCAUGACCAUGCUGCAGUACGUCACCGAGUCUCUGGCCUACAUGAUCAGCGGCAACAUGGACAGCGGCGCAACCGAGUUCCAGAUUGAGGCCGCCAUCAGCAAGAUCUUCGCCUCAGAAGCUGCGUGGACUGUGACUGACGAGUGUAUUCAAGUUAUGGGCGGCAUGGGCUUCAUGAAGGAUGCAGGAAUCGAGAGGGUGAUGAGGGAUCUGAGAAUUUUCCGGAUCUUUGAGGGCACCAAUGACAUCCUCAGGCUUUUCGUGGCCCUCAACGGCUUCCAGAAUGCUGGCAACCAGUUGAAGAGCUUACAAAAAGCCCUGAAGAACCCACUUGGCAACGCUGGGCUCCUGGCUGAAGAACUUACCAAGAGAGCUAAGAGGAAGGCAGGCAUGAGCACAGGCAUGACACUUCAAGGAACUGUCCACCCUGAGCUGGCUCAGAGCGGUGAACUGACCGUGAAAGCCAUUGAACAGUUUGGUGUGGCUAUCGAGGAGCUUCUUAUUAAACAUGGCAAGAAGAUUAUUGAUGAGCAGUUUGUGUUGAUGAGAGUUGCCGACUGUGCCAUUGACAUCUACACCAUGAUUGUUGUCCUCUCCAGGGCGUCCCGCUCCCUGAGUCGGGGCCACCCCUCGGCCCAACAUGAGAAGGUUCUGUGCGAGACCUGGUGUAUCGAGGCCCACGCGAGACUCAUACGGGACAUCAAGGCGUUGCGCUCGAACCAGUCCAGGCAACUCUACAGCAACUUUCGGGCCAUUUCCGCAGCCGUGGUGGAGAAGGGCGGAACGGUUGCCGCUCACCCGCUGGGUUUCUAAAUGCUCAUGGGUUUCUCUGAUUGUGUCUUUUUUUUUUUUUUCUUCCACAUCUGGAUCUCCAAGCAACGCAUAAACAUCACCCCAUCGUCCAUUUGAGCUCGUCGAGAGGUUCGUCUCCAAUAUAUUUAUUUGUAAGCACGUCAGGUUGUUUGAAACCUGGACAUUGUCUUUCAAGUCACAAAAAUCACAGAUUUGAGUGAAGGGGCCUUCAAAGAAACACCACUUCGACCUUAUCUCAUUACCGCCAAUAAGCAGAUGUCUUCAUUAUGUUGCUCUUCAACGCACCAUUGACCUUCUUGGCUGUUGGUGCUGUAGAUUAUUUAACCUGUAGAAAGGGACUGACGUGUCCAACUUGUUUUAUUUUAAAUACUUUAAUAUGGGCUGGUGUGUAAUGUAAUCUGCAUUUGUGAUGUGUUUAAUAACUGAUAGAGGUGAUUAUCUUCUCAGCACGUUGGGUAUUCAUCGCCCAUGUGGAUUGUAACACCGUUGCCUUAUGUAACACGACGACACUGCAGAUGCUGCUCCUAGUUGCUGUUCGGUCACCUCUGUGGCAGCCGAGCACCAACAAAAUUUGUAAAUAUUUCAGAGGUGCUGAUCACGAUUAUUAAUGUCUCAGGAUUUAGCAAGGAGGGAAUCGCAUUUUUAAUGAAAUUGUUUGAGCACUUGUAUCAAUAAAGUCAUUGUUUCUA